AUGGCAAGCAUAGCGCUCGUUCUCAUGGUUUGUUUCUUGGGUUUGUUCGUGCCCGCCCCCUCCCUUGCGUCGACCUCCAACUACACCGACUUCGUCCGCUGCAUCUCCACGAGCGUCCCCAGCCAGCUCGUGCAGACGCCGAACUCACCGUCGUUCAAGCAGCUCCUGGUGUCGUCCAUCAGGAACGCCAGGUUCGUGGCGCCGGCCACGGCGAGCCCACCGCUCUGCAUCGUGAUGCCCACCAACGCGUCCCACGUCCAGGCCGCCGUGCGCUGUGGGCGCCGCCACGGCGUGCGCGUCCGCGUCCGCAGCGGCGGGCACGACUACGAGGGCCUCUCCUACCGGUCAGUCUGCCCCAACAGCGAGGUGUUCGCGGUAAUCGACCUCGCCAAGCUCCACGCCGUCCGCGUCGACCCACGCAAGGCCACCGCGUGGGUCGACUCCGGGGCGGCGCUCGGGGAGCUCUACCACCACGUCGCCACGGCGGCUCCAGGGCUGGGCUUCCCGGCUGGCGUGUGCUCGACCGUGGGCGUGGGGGGCAUCUUGAGCGGCGGCGGCAUAGGCCUAAUGAUGCGCAAGUACGGCCUCUCCGCCGACAACGUUCUCGACGCCACCAUGGUCGACGCCUACGGGAAUCUGUUGGCGGACAAGAAGGCCAUGGGGGACGACCUCUUCUGGGCCAUCCGCGGCGGGGGCGGCGGCAAUUUCGGCAUCGUGCUGUCGUGGAAGGUGAGGCUCGUGCCAGUCCCACCGACGGUGACCUUCUUCAAACUCGCCAAGACCAUGGACCAGGGCGCCGUCAACGCGGUGACCAAAUGGCAAACGCUCGCGCCCGUGCUCCCGGACGACCUCACCGUACGUGUUAUCGUAGAAAAUCGUCAGGCCACCUUCGAAGCCCUGUACCUCGGCAAGUGCAACGCGGUGGUGCCGACGUUGCGCAGCCGAUUCCCGGAGCUCGGCGUGACGCACGCCGACUGCAAGGAGAUGAGCUGGCUGCAGUUCACGGCGUACAUAUACUUCGGCGACGCCACCAUCAACCGGUCCAUGGCCCUGGGUCCCUUCAUUAAGAACAAGUCCGACUACGUCGAGAAAGCCCUCACCAACGAGACGUGGGAGAAGAUCUUCCUCUGGCCCAACGACGCGGCGUCGGGGCAGCUCGUCCUGGAGCCGCAUGGUGGAAGAAUGGGCCACAUCACCGCCAACGACACCCCGUUCCCGCACCGGAGCAGCGUGCUCUACAACAUCCAGUACGUGCAGCACUGGAACGGCAAAGGGGCGGGGGGCGACGCUACGCCUAAGCCGAACUGGAUCGGGAGCCUGUACGACUUCAUGGCGCCGUUCGUGAGCAAGAAUCCGAGGGCCGCGUACGUUAACUACCGGGACCUCGACAUUGGCAUGAACACGGUGGUCGGCGGAGUAACGAGCUACCAAAGUGGCAAGGUGUGGGGCGAGAGGUAUUUCGGUCCGGCAAACUUUAGGAGACUCGCAGAGGUCAAGCGCAGGGUGGACGCCGGCGACUACUUCCGGCACGAGCAGAGCGUGCCGCCACUUCCCUUGAACUAG